UCUCUCUCUCUCUCCUUCUCACACACACAACACACCCUUUCUCUCUGAUUUGACCGACGCUGACAACCCCCCAUGCUCACUCGUUGACUCGCCGGACCUCCCCGAUUCCCCAAAACCCUAACCUCUCGCGAUGAAGAGCGCGCCUCGCAGAGGCCUCGAGGUCUACGAUUUCCACGAGGAGGACGAGUUCCCGGACCAGGUCGUCAAAUUUCCCUGCAAAUCCAAAAACCCUAGCCGCGGGGAUCGUCGGAAUUCCAAGGCCGAGCUUCUCCAGCCUGGUUCCAAAGGACCCAAAGUUCGAGCAAAAGAAAUCAGCAGCAUACCUUGUGUAGAUGUUGAUGACGCGGACACUAACCGCUGUUGUAAAAAAGUCAUUUCUCGUUCUGCUUUGGAAGCAAUUGAAGAGAGGCUUGCUAAUGAAAAAGAAUCAAAAUUCGUAGCUGCUAUGGAGUCCAAAACUUUUAGUCAAGAACAACAAUCUGAUUUGGACAAAGUCAGUUCCAUUCCUUGUUCAGGGGUUGAUGCAAAAGACCAUGAUCGUAGCAGUGAUAGUGCUAUAUUAGAUAUCCGUUUGGGGACAAUGGAAGAGGAUACUGCUACAGAAUCUAAAUAUUCGAGUCAUGAACAACAGUCUGAAUUAGAGGACAAUGAAUGCAGACAACUUCUUUCUAAAAUAGAGACUGGUGGUUCAAAUGCUCCCUCACUUUCCCCGCGGAAAAGUCAGUUGGACUGUGGCCUGGCAGUGUCCCCAUCCAGGAACGACCCAGUUGAUGCUGAUGAAUGCACAAGUGAGUCUGCAUCAAGUCCCCUAUCCCCAAUUGAAGAGGAUGAUGGUUAUUUGGGUACUUACGAAUUGGGUCUUCGCUCAGGAAAUUUAGAAAUGGAUAAUGUAAAUAUGACCGUUGUUCUUUAUCCCGAUUAUGUUGUAUAUGGGGAUAGUUAUUGUACAGGAGCCCAGCAGAUAACCUUCUCUCACAGUUGCAUCAAAAUAAGUGGGUUAGCACCGUCUGAAACUGACGAAACUUUAAAUAUUGAGUGGGGAGUUGAUGAUCUUGUCAAUGUUGAGUGUCUGUGGGUUCAAAAUGCUGAGUUUGUCUUGAUAAAACUCUGUGUACUAUCAAAGGAUGCCGAUCAAGAUGAUGAUGCGCAUGGUAUUUCAGGCAUUGAGGAGUUAAAAAUUGGAGUUGUUGAACCCAACUGGUCCCAGCAACAAGAAAGAAUAGCAUGCUUGAACGAAAAAUAUUUGGAUAUAUUGGAUCCUGUGCAAAUUUCGGUGCAUAGUCUAAAAUUCAACCUUUUUCCAUCCUUUGGUACAAGAAGCAUGGAAGCGGACGAUUCAAUUGGGCAGAGGCAUCAUUUUCCAAAUUUUGAUGAAGAUUUUGAAACUCUUGUAUAUCCGGAAGGGGAUCCUGAUGCUGUUUCCAUCAGUAAAAGAGAUGCUGAUCUCUUACAGCCAGAGAUAUUUAUUAACGAUACGUUGAUUGACUUCUAUAUCAAGUAUUUGGAAAAUCAAAUUCAACCCGAGGAAAAGCACAGGUUCUACUUCUUCAAUAGUUUUUUCUUUCGAAAGCUGGCUGACCUGGACAAGGAUCCAUCCACUGUUCCUGGUGGCAGGGCUGCUUUCCAACGAGUUCGGAAAUGGACAAGGAAAGUCGAUUUGUUUGAAAAGGAUUACAUCUUCAUCCCUGUAAACUUCAAUCUACAUUGGACUCUAGUUGUUAUAUGUCAUCCUGGUGAAGUGCCUAGAUAUAAAGAUGGAGGCUCAAGCACGUCGGCUAAAGUACCAUGUAUAUUGCACUUGGAUUCUCUCAAAGGAAGUCAUACGGGCCUCAAAAAUCAUGUCCAGAGUUAUUUGUGGGAAGAGUGGAAAGAUAAGAAAAAGGAGACAUCAGAAGAAAUCUCAUCAAACUUCCACAACCUGCGGUUCCUCUCAUUGGAGCUACCACAGCAGGAGAAUACAUAUGAUUGUGGCCUGUUUUUACUUCACUAUCUAGAGCUGUUUCUGGAAGAAGCUCCUGCUAUCUUCAAUCCAUUCAACAUAAAUAAGUUUUCCACCUUUCUUAAUGCAAAUUGGUUUCUUCCUUCCGAGGCUUCUCUCAAGCGCACUCUUAUCCAGAGAUUAAUUUUCAAACUUAUUGAGACUCGUAAUCGGGAUGUGUGUUUGCCAGCUGACAUUGAUAGAGACCAGGCUAAUUAUCCAGGAUGUAAUCAGCUUAAUAUUGGUGCGGAGUUUCUUUCUGGAAGAUCCAGUCCUGCUGUAGCUUGCCAAGAAAAUAUAUCAAAUACUCAAGCAGACCAUGGAAUCGAAAUGACUCUGUUACCCACAUCUUCACUUAGGAGCUCUGAGUGUGUUAGUGAUGCAGGCCUGGUUCUCAGGGAAUUUUUCCAAUCAGGAGAAGCUGCAGGUUCACUAUUUGGACAAUAUCAAUCCUUCGAACAGAAAUUGCCUUUCUUCCAUCCUAAUGGAGCUAGAACACCAGUAGAGGAAGAAACCCAAACUGGAGAGCAAUUUACCUAUCUGGCUACAGAAGAGGGUGGCUUUCAAGCAAUAUCUGAAAUCACAUCUCAAACUUGUGGUAUUCAAUGCUCUUCUAAGUUUUUUGGAGCUGAGAUCUCUUAUAACUUGGGGAUGUCUGAAAAGGAACCAAAUGGAAACAUUGAAGCAUCCCCUGAGCGAUCAGUUGCCUCUGAUGAUUCUGAAUGCAUAGAGAUCAUUGAAAAUGGUGCAGUUGGAGAAGAUCUAGGGCCAAGCCAGAAAGAAGAAAUGGAUGCACAAAAUUAUCAAUCGUUGCAAAGUGUCACGUGUUUGGCAGAUGGCCUUCUUUCCGGUUUGGGUGAGAUGCAGUGCGGAUUCUUGGUUGAAGAAGGUUCUCAGGACCAUGAAGAGGUGCACGACGCACAUGAAAAUGGAGUUCCAAGUCGGAAAGAAGAAACAAAUGUACAAACAGAAAACGUUGCAUGGUUAGCAGAUGGCCUUGUUUCCGGUUUGGGUGAGACGCAGGGUGGUUUCUUGGUUAAAGAAGGUUCUCAGGACCAUGAAGAAGUGCAUGAUGAAUGUGAAAAUGGAGGUCCAAGUCGGAAAGCAGAAACAAAUGUACAAACAGAAAACUUUGUGUGGUCAGCAGAUGGCCUUGUUUCUGGUUUGGGUGAGAUGCAUAGCGGUUUCUUGGUUGAAGAAGAUUCUCAGGACCAUGAAGAGGUGCAUGACGAACAUAAAAAUGAAGGUCCAAAUCGGAAAGAAGAAACAAAUGUACAAACCGAACACGUCAUGAGGCUAGCAGAUGGCCUUGUAUCUGUUUCAGGCGAUAUGCCGAGCACUCCUGUUAUUGGAGAAAGUUCUCUGGACCACAAAAAGGUGCACGUUGGAAAUGAAAAUAGAGGUUCACUUCCCUCAUCCCAAGAAAUUUCUGGUGAACCAAUUCAUGAAGAUGUUGACAUGGUGGGCAAUGGUACAAUCUUACGUGAUAACGGUUCAGUGGGUGAGUCACAAGAGUUAGAGUCGGAUGAGCAACGAGCUGCUAAAAGAAUGAGGCUCACACAUCCAGCUGAAGUGGAAAGAUGUCUGACGUGAAACCUUGAUGAGGAUUCAAAUUUAGUGAGACCAUAGAUGAAUGUUUUCUAUCUCACGUAGAUGUCUGUGCAUAAGUAUUUGAUAGGUUAUUUGAACGCUGUGAUUCCUGUGAAUAGUCAGGUCAGAUGGUGGCACCAAGGGUGUUAGUGUUGUCACCCGGGCAGAAGUGGUAAUUGAAUAUGAAGAAUAUGUUUUGAAGUGUUGGCCAGAAUCUUCUAGUCUUCUACAUUUCCUUGGAUCGAAAUGAAGCCACAAUCCAAGCAUGAAACUUAACCA